CCCGAGAGUGGCUGACAUUGGUUGGCAAACUUCCUGCUUCUCUCUGUUCUACCGGGAAAUCUGAUUGCACACCCCGACUGCCUCUCCUUUCUUUUCAUCAACAAAUCCACCAACCGGCAAUCCUCCCUUUCUGUUUGCGCCGAGUUCAAAUACACCCUCGCAAUCUCAUUGCGAGGCCAGAGACCAUCCUGAACUUGCACAAACUCCCCAUAUUCAGUGCGAUACAUCUCCCAGUUGCACUUGAACUUCCUUGGGGAGAGAAUUAAUGAUCCGCAGAGUCGGACACAACCAGGCGCAGAAAUCCCAUCAUCGCACAGAUCAAUUCUGAGGGAGCUCGUGUCUUCCUUAAGCGUGUGACGAUGGACGACGCAGACAAGAAACAGCAAAACCUCGAGAUCUUGGGGCUCAAGAGCCUGGGAGACCUCUCUCUGUCUCAGCUUCUCGUUGAGCUUGGAAAACGCUUGCCCUCCGACGUGAGCAAGAAACGGAUUCUUAGCAUAUGUACCAUGUGGCUUCAUCCCCGCCUCAUGACCAUUGACAUCUCCUCUUUCCACGAUGAGGUCGGGAUUUGGUAUCGUUUUCUGAAAGACCUGGUCAACGACGACCUCCUCAUUCUUGAGACGUUCAACGAGUGGCAGCGCGACCAAGCCACCCAGGACCCAACCAGCCUGAGAAGGCUACGUAUCGCUGAGGACAAGUUACGUAGCCUUAUGUCCGCGUCAGAUCCCAUGCGCACCACCGAUGCACCGGAGUCAGGAGACUGCUACGGUCAGAUGCACCCUGACAGGCUCAAGUUGUCGCAAAAAAAGCCCAUAAUGAUUGAGCUGGAAGACGAUGACGAGGACGUUGUCUUCAUCUCGUCGAAUCCUGUGCAGAAGAACGAGAGUCAAGAUCAGGAUGAUCCAAGUGGGCAACCGGACUUGUCAUUCCUAACAGGAGCCAACAGUCUUGUCAUGAGCGAUGUGGCCCAUCCACCUCAUAACAAGAAGGGUGCAGCCCCUACAAAGGACCUGAGUUCAAACCAGCAUGAUCGAAUUGAGAAAGCGGUCGUGCCCUUGUUGACAAGGGCUAACAGGCUUGCCAUGAGCAACAUGGAAGCCUUACCUCCUAAUAACAAGAGGAAAAAGGUUUUCCAGGCAGAGGACUCGGUCAGCCUGCUUAAUACGUACGCGCAAGCGAUUGGCGCUACGUUCGAGUUCAAAGAGGAUAUGGUUGGGUACCAGCGCUGGGUCUGCCAAUGCACUCUCAAACUCCCUGCUGGGGCCGACCCGAUGGUCUUUCCCAACCUCGAAGCCGAACAGAAGCGAGGCAAGGUUGGCAAACCAACUGCCCCUGGCUUCGCGCGCAAGAAGGAUGCCAAGAAGUAUGCCGCCAAAUGUUGCGUUGACUGGCUCGUCGCGAAUGGCCAUUCGGUUUAUCCGCUUCCUGAGGAUUGUCCGAGGAACUUCGACACUGCCUUAGACAGGAAGCCGCCAAAGGAUUAUAAGUGCUAUAUUUGCGGUAAAGUCGGCAACCAUUUUCGCAAUCUGUGUCCUAGGGACCCAAGACCGGACCUCUGGAGGCGUUAUUGGGAGAGGAAAACUGGGGUCGUCGAGGAAGCAGGCUCCCGUCAUGGCAGCGCGGCGCGAGCUUGGGAUGACCCAGACUCGCGUUUUGACGACUCGACCCGUCUCAGCGCUCGCUCUGUCUCACCUGUGGGUGAAGUCCGUAAGGGCGGGGGGGGGGACAGUUAUCGCCCUGAGAGUGACUUGUCUCGUCUUCGGUUGUUAUCUUCUCAUCACCAGUUAGGCAAGCGCAAAGCCUCACGUUCGCCUUCGCGUGACGACUUGACAUCCCGAGGAGAGAGCCGUGACUAUGACCAUAGAGCCGCAAGGAAGGAGCAUCGCAGAAAUGCGAGCUUCUUAGAGGAUUUGGUCAACAAGGCGAAAGCUCGGAGAGAAGGUCGACUGUCGUACGACGAUGAGGUCGAUGAAGACGAGCAGCCGGGUCCUCUCGCUGUUAAGCGGACUGCUGGGCCACCGAGUAUCGACGAAAUGCAGAUUGAUAGACCGAAGACGUCUGCCUUCAAGAAGAGGAGAGACGCUGACCACGUGGCUGGGGUUGAGUUGUUCGAGUCUGACCUCUUCGAUAUGAUCCGUGGGGAGAGCGUCAAGACAGAUCGGCUUUUGCUCAUCAACGGCAGGGAGCGUCGUGGUCCGUACAAUCCUCUUCUUGUUAGGCUGUUCAGCGGCAAGCAGAAUGUUUGGGUCAACGACAACCUGAACACGACACGGCCGUGUGCCCUGGAGUUCUUCGAUCUCCCUCUCGAGAGUAAGCAGCAGGUCGAGAUAUCAGACUUCGAGAUGGCAGGGGAAUCAGCCAUGACGCUUGUUGAGUCUGACUAUCCUGUUGCCACUAACGAAGAGGACGCGAUGAUGGUUGACGCCGAGCUCAAAGUGGCCGUUGACUGCUGUUUCGACCGAGCAGAGUCAACGAUAACCGCAACAGGGAGUCGUCUGGUCAGGAAUGAUCCUUCCGAUGAAGCGAACUCCACGCAGAUGGGUGUUGAACCCCUGUCAACCGCCAUCGAUGGCGCAUCCCGGCCCGAGGUCGAUACCCAGGAGUCAACACCGGCUGCAGUGAAGAACAGCCCGGACACAAUUACCGUGCAUAGCACGUCGUCCGCCGAUGGCACAUCAAAGGGGGACGAGUUGAUGCGCGCGGUUGUCGAGACUUCCAGCAGCUCUUCAGCAGUCAUUCAGGCAGCUUCAGCCUGAUUCAGAGAGCCUCUGCCGGACCUCAUGAGUCCGUCGCCGGUGUCCAUUCUUAUUUGUCGUCUAUGCUUUGCCUUGCUUCUGAGUCCCGGAUCAGGCUGACGUGACGCAAGUGUUUCGCCUCUUUGACAAGGCGAAGGUUUUUGUGUUUCUGCCGGGGCUGAUUGCUUCCACGGCGCGUCUUCUGUGUCGGCAGUUGGAGACUUCGGCAUGAAUGCCCUGUCGGGCUUCUGACGAUGGGCUUCAGAACCAGUUGACAUGACGGUGGAGGUUGUUGCGGUC